GCGAAUACGUAGUGGAAUUAUGAAGCUGACGGAUGGGCUGCUUGCUGUUAUAUCGGCGACUAGUUAGUUUGUCAGCAAAGCUGAAGCUUACUAUAAAAGCCGCGCAUGCGCCUAGCAUCCCGUUCAAUUUGUGUUGAUAACUCGCUGACGACAGAACAGUGGCGUUGACGUCAAAAUUUAUUACAAAAAAAGAUUACGAAAUAACUUUUAAUUAACUGCGAGUGUUAAAGAGUAGUAAUCAAAAUUGAAUACGAAAAAAAAAUUAAAUUAAAUAUUUGCGAUAAUAGUAAUAAUUUUCAUGCAAUACAAUUGUAAUUUAAAACGUAAUACUUUCGUGUGAAUAACAGAAUAACGCAUAAUAAAACCUAAAGAAAAGUGAAAUAAAUUAAGAGUAGUAAAAAUGUCGGCACGCAUGCGCAACAAGUUACAUAGUGACUUUGGCUUCAAGUUAACAUUGCUGCCGUCAGUUUGGCUGUUGCUGAUUGUACAACUCGCUGUGCAAUUGGCUAAUACAGUUGUUGCCAAAGAUUUGCCGCCAAAUUUAGACAAAUGCAAACGCGAUGCGAAUUUUGACAAAUGCCUAGUGGAUGCUGUAAACAAUGCAAUCUUGCUGCUCAAGGAUGGCAACAAGGAGUUCGGCAUACCACCACUAGAACCACUCGCUGUUAAAUCGCUAGUCAUCGAUUCCGGCAAUGCACCAAUUACGUUAAAGCAAACGAUGAAAAAUUUACUCGUGCAUGACAUGAUCUCGACCAGCAAAGUACAGCGCUAUCGCACUGAUCUAAACAAUCAUCUGAUCAUUUGCGACAGUAAAACCGAUCGUAUCGAAAUGGUUGGCGAUUAUGAAAUGUCGGGACGUAUACUAUUGCUACCUAUAACGGGUAAUGGCAAAGCGAAUCUGACAUUGAUCAAUACACGGAUUGAACAUCGUCUCAUUGGCGAACCCUUCAUGCGCGAUGGCGUUAAAUAUAUGCGUUUGAAAGAGUAUCGUGUUGAUUUUAAUCCAAAACGUGUUUAUAUGCAAUUUGAUAAUCUCUUCAAUGAUCGUUUACUAUCACAAACAAUGAAUCGUUUUUUGAACGAUAAUUGGGAGACCGUGUUCAAUGAGCUAAAAGUUGGCUAUGCGCGUAGUUUUGGUAAAAUUUUCCGUGAUAUAUCGAAUAAGCUAUUUGAGGAGAUACCUUUCGAUUCAAUAUUCUUGAGCGCUUGAAAACGUGGCGAUUUAAAGUAUAAGAGUGUAGCUGGAAAACAACAGCUGAGUAUUUUGUUUUUAGUAUUUAAUAAAGUUUAUAUAUAUUUUAAUAUAAGAAGAUAUGAGUGAGUACGUCAAAUUGAAUUAUUCUUGAAUUUAUUAUGUGUUGUUAUAUAUAAGGGUAGUAAUUAAGAAAAACAAAUUGUAAAUUUAUAUAUAUAUAAUACCUGUACCUAUAUAAAUAUGUUUGUAGUAUUAUAUAUAAAAUAGGCUCUGAAGUUUUAUUUUUUAAAUAAUUAAACCCGACUAACGGGUUUGCCUUCGUGGUUAUUAUAACCUCUAACUUUUUGUUUAAAGCUGUAGGUAUAUUAUUUGAUUACGUGGAACUGAAUAGGUAAUGUUGUGUAAAAUCAUGCUCAUUUGAAUGAUUUCAUUUGAUGAAACAGUUAAAAUCUAUUUUUGACAACCGAUGGUACAUUAUAGCAAUAGAUAUAUUAAGAAAGAAAGAAAUUUAAAAAAAAUACAGGAAUGGCAGCACUUACUCUGGAGCGUCUCUGAAACACGUUCAAUUUCGGUACCCCUCUUACCACGAUGCUGGAUCAUCUGAAAUCGAAAAAUCUAAAUUAUAACAUUAGAUAAUCGAUUUGCCCCGGCUAAGCUAGGUGGAGUUUUCGAAAAUUGAAUUUGUCACUUUUUGGGAACACUUCGAAGAAAAAAAGAGAUUUUUUGAAAAAAUCGGUUAAUUUGUUAUUAUAGAACGAAAAAUAUUAACAAACUUGAAAAAACUCUCCAGCUUUUCUUCGUAAAUUAUGAAAUAGUGUUCAAAAUUUCAAUACGAACGGUGGUAGUCUAAACGAGUUAAAAUUUUGACACAAUAUUCAACUAAGAUAAAUCGAAAAAAAUUUUAAAUUAACUGUUAAAUGGUAAUGUAAUACGUUAAAACUUCAAUCAACAGCUUGUAGAAAUACUAUAUAUUAUUACAUACAUAUAUUAUUACAUGGUGCAUUUACGUACGUGUGUAAAUUUGUAUAUAAAUGUAAAUAUAGAACUUUGACAGAGUUGUUCGGCAAAGCAAAAAAUUAAAAUAAAAUCUUUAUCAUCAGAUGUAGAUCCAGA